UUACAACUUGAGUCGUAUAGGCAAGAUGACAAGCUUGAAUAGAAGGCUGGCUUGAGUUGGAGUUAUGCGCUUGUUACGAAUAUUUCGUUACACCUUUUUGAUCAGCUAUAUCAUAUUCAUUGCACUGUACAUACAUACACACCCACACACACCCAUCCAUAUCACUCACACUCACUGAACGCACACUUGACUAUACGGAGCAACAUAAACUUCUAAUGAUGGCUCAAACUAAGACGGUGCUGCUUGAUCUUGCGCUUGCUCUCCUUUUAUUAUCAUUGAUCAACUUCAAAAUCGUUAACGCUGACUUUUCCGACAUCGACCAACCUCCCAAUGACAACGUGGACGAGUUCGAUAGUCGUGGAGCUGGUCCAGUCUUUGGGACGGGAGUCAGCAAGGGUUUCCGAAACUGGAUGCUCCGGUGGUUGGAAGGAGGAGACAUUGCGGACCUCGUGGAGAUGGCGACACUUCCUCGGAGACUUUUGGUCGGCAUAGAGAAGAUCUUGAAUUUCUUCGAACAACAUAGUGAUGAACUUCUCGUCGAUGCCUUAUUAGGCAUAAAGAUCUCAAAUGAGCAACUGAAUGAAACUCUGCAUCAGAUCCCUGAAGAAGAAACACUGUUGGCAUCAGCCAUCAGAAAAUUAAUCAACAAAGGACGGAAAAUUAUGGAAGUUGCAGUUCCAAACACACGUCAAAGAUUUGAAGAUUUUGAAGUGAUUGGUGGCGUUCUGAAAGUACACAUGAACUGGCCCAUGGUAACCAAGUCCCUCCCACCUGUUGUUGAGCUGCAGUCGGAAAAGGACGAUAAUAAGGUUUCUCCGGAGUGCCUAUCUCCUUUCAGAACAGACACCGAAAGUCUCUCUGAUCAUUGCAUAUCUCAGCUUUUUCCCGACGAAAGGUUAGCUGAUACUACUUCUGCAAGAUGUCAGUUGGACGACGAAUGCAUCCAGAGAGUGUUUCUAUCUUGUCAUGGAUAUGAUCUUACCCAUCAACUCCUUUAUCUAAUGAUAGGUAUUAAGAGCGAAUGUUCUCAAGUACUGGCAGACAGGCUACGAGAAAUGGCACCCUCUAGUGUGCAAAAGCAACAAACAAUAGAAUCUAUCAUUGACGGAUUUUGCUUGGAUAUUUACAGGGAAUCUUUGAAUAUCAGUGCCGCUGGUUUCCCUUUGAAUAAACGGGAUCUCUUUAUAGAACAAGCUGUGCUUUGCGGUCUUCUCAAUUAUAUUGAUUUCUUUCGACAAGAUUGGGUAGCAAUAAAUUUGAGCUGGCAGCAACCACAAGGUUGCUACAAUUACAGAGAUGCCGAUUCCGAUGCAGCAACUGGAAAAUCCGUUUUCCACCGACGUGUAAAACGCCGCGAAUUAACGUUUGAAGAUGGAUGUAGUAGUCACAGAACAGGCCUUGCAGUGGCUUACUUUAGCGUCCUCCUCCGUCAUAUAACAAGUGCAAUUUAGAUGAAACCGACUACCCAGAUACGAGUUUAUAACGAACAGGUCGACCAACCGGCAAUAGGAUUGUGUGUGUGUGUGUGGGGGGGGGGGGCUGGAUAGAAGUCUUUACAUUCCAUGGGUAAAAUAUCAGCUUUCCAUUGUUAGAUAUGAAAGUAGGUUAGAGACCAGUCAAGGGCGGGGGAAUCGCACACUAUCUUCAUUGAUUUUAAUAUGAUUUUUUUACCAUUAUUAUUUUUUUAUAAUUUUCAUAACUGGAAGUAACACUGUAUUUGUCAUUAUCAUAGUUAUUAUCAAUAUCAUUAUUAUUAUUAUCUAUCUUAUAUUUGGCUGUGCUGACACAGUAAUCAAGUAUAUCCACGUGGGGUUUAUGAUAACAAAAAACAUAAUCAAACGUUCAUUUUAUGCUUUUCUACACGCUUGUUUAAACUACAAGGGGCUGGACCAAGACCCUGGUCCCAUGAUCCCUGUAUUGAAAUUAUUAGAACAUAAUUUUUUUAUUACCAAUUGGAUGAGAUUUACUUUUUUUGUUGGCAAAUACCCCCCCCCCCCGCGCUCAGGAAUGAAAAGAACUUUAAGAGGCGUGUAUCAAUAGACCAGAAACCUUUCGUCGAUAAGAUUGUUGACUUUCUUUCAUAUUGGUUCAUAUAAAUAUACACUAAAUGUGUGCGCCAUAUUCCCGAUUAAUUAGAUCUAUACGGUAUAGAAUAAAACACGCUAUUAGUCUCAAUGAUCUCUUUAUUCCUUCACAGCAAAAACUGUGGUGUUAACCGGUGUACAUAGAGGACCACACCAGUUAUUUUACACCGGUGUUAAAUU